GCAAGCUCACUCGCACGGUUCGUUCCAAUCGCUGCGGUCAGUUGUUUUUCGGUGCUCGGUGGCUCCAGCAACUCGGGUGGAGGUACUAGCACCCAUUUGGGUACCACGGGAAAUCGAUUCGAAAAUUCAGGACAGUUCGAAGUGUGCUGGCUGGGAAGAAAGGGCUUCCACCGACCUGAGAGCAGUGGAUGAGAGAACGAGAGAGAUAGUGCAGAGAGCAAGAAAAGUGUGGAGCGUAGUUGGCGCUGGUUGUUGUUGCCAAGUUCACCAUCGUAGUCGAUGUUGUGCGUUCGUUGGCUGUUGUUGACUUGCCCGUAGCGUAGCUCUUCCACACUAGACUGGAGCUUUCCCCGUACAGCUUCGGUAGUGCGCUGUGUAUGUAAAACAUUUGGGUGUGUUUGUGUUAGUUUUAGUGCAAAAAUUUUCCGGAGGAAGGAAGGAAAAGUUGCGUAACGCCACUCGAUGUGGUAAAACAGUGCUGUGUUCUGGGGUAGUCUUCGCCAUAAAAGUUCUUCCUCGAUUCAGAGCUUCCAAUGUGCGAAUGGCACACAUUUUCUUGGUGAAAUAAUCUCCGAACAGCAACCAUGGAAACGGUUGCCAUGGCACUGCCAGUGUUGCCGGAAGCUGCCGCCAUUGCGCUGUGUGUUUUAACGUGGAAAACUGUCCUCUUCUGGCCGGUGCCAGCGUUGGCUGGAGGACGAUUGUGAUAAUAGAGUCCACGUGUGUGUAAAGCCUAAAAGAAGUACGUGCAAAACUAAGUGAUAAUAGUAAAGGUGCACAACACCUCCACAACAGUGACGGGGGUGGAUUUCUGUCGUGUUUUUUUGCUUGUCUUCGGUUAGCUUUUUUGUUGUUGUCUUUUCUCGGUAAACGUCUUCACACCAUUACGGUCAUCGUCGCAAAACAGAAAAAAAUAUUCAUUUGAAAGGGGACGGAUACAGCAGCAAAACGAUUGGAAAAUUUACAACCGUAUCGAGCGUUUGAUGUUUACCGUGCGCGAAUCCAUCGUUCGUGCUGGUAACGCUUCGUAACGCCCACACCAGCACACGGUAGAAAUGUCGUCAAAACCGGUAACGCCGGUCUCGCAGCGCCGUGCGUAUCCUGGCGAAAAUGAAAACACCAAGAUCCCGCAACCCUUCUGGCGGUCCUAUUCGCUGCGCAUGCGCACCAGCCGAAGCUUCCAUGACUACCAACAUUAUCGUAGCGAGUGCUGCGAUUGCGAUUGUGGUGCCUCGCAGCAGCAGCUGGGCAACCAUCCAACCAGUCUAGUCAUGCAAGGAUCGGGAGUGAAGACGAAAAAUACAACCACAGUAUUGCACGGCGGCAGUAAAUCGAUUUCCCAUGGCCACCACCAUCAGCAGCAGCAGCAGCAGCAGAAUCAACGUUCACCAACGAUGGCAACUUCCAAUCCUGCCACGGACGUUGUCGACGAGGUAGAUUCAUUCGCUGUUCCUUCGAGCACCGGGAAGGAUGGUCCGAUUCCGAACGGUGUAAUACCGCACGGCAGUGCCGGUGAUGGCGGUCAUACACUGCAGGGUGGCAACUGCAUCAUCUCCUCAUCCGCGUCAGGGCUGUGUAAAGCGAAGGGAACGUGCCAGCAGCUGAAACAGCAACCCAGCAUCAGCUGUCAGCAGAAGCAGCACCAUGAACGUGGCAUGUCUUUGAAUUUAAUCAACUCUGGACACAGUAGCAGUAGUCAAAGAACGCCGAGAACUCCACAAACACCUAACGGUGGCCCUGGAGUAGGAUUGCAACGGCAAGCCGGUGGGAUAGGGGGAGGCCUCAGCCCUAAGACGCCACCCGUUUCGCCGGAAUCACCAAUCAAUAGCUAUCUGGACGAUGAUCUAGACUCGCUGCACAGCUACAGCUCGGUCGCGAGUGGCAUGUCGUGUGAUCAUCCGUACGUGGCACGGAACGGUACCACCUUCAGUGGUCGCAAGAUGAAGUACGUCGUGCAUUGCUCGAGCCACGCGGGCCAAACCGGGGGCGACUAUCUGACACCGACGCAGCGCGCCCAGCGUCAGAUUCGGCGGCUCAAGGAACUGCUGUCGCAGGCGCGGUGCGAUCUGGAGCAGCGGGACAGUGAGAUCUUGCGGCUCACGAAAGAGGUGGUCGAGCUGCGACUGUUCAAAGCAUCGCUCAGCUCCCCGGAGGAGCGAAGUAACUCGAGCGAUGCGGUUACGGUGCGGGAAAACACCACGAACGAUGUGAACACACCGAGCUCGAGCCAGGACAUUUCGCCCAUCGUCGAUCAGAUCGACGAGGGUGUCGCGAAGGCGAGCCCACGGCAUCACCAUCACCACAUGCAGGCCGGUAUCCAUCAGGUGCAGUUUAUCGACAAGCUGUCCACGUCCGAGAUGCAAAGCUCGUUUGCCGAUUCGGGUCAUUUCGAGGACAUUACUACGUCCUCGAUUCACUCGAAGGACUCGUACGUCCACACGCAGGAUCGGGCGUGCGGCAGCGAUGAAGAGAUGGACGCGGAAAAGAAGCGUCUCAUUGCACUGUACGAAGAGCGCAUCGAGGAGCUGAUCAAGCAGCAUCAGUCGGAAGAGCAGCAGCUCCGUACGUCGAACAACGAUCGGUUCGAGGUGUUGCUCCAGAAGCUGGCCGAGUCCAACACACGCUACUGUGACUUGGUGCCGGACUAUGAGCAAGCUAAGGAGCGCAUUCGGGAUCUAGAGAAGCAGCUGGAAAAGCUGCAGGCUCAACUGCAGGAACAGGAAGAUAAGGCGAACAAGAUGUAUCUGCACAUGUACACCAAGGGACAGGAGGCAGAACGGCAGGAACAAGCCGACCGUGUUAGUGACAUGGCUCACGCUUCGCCUAGCCGCGUAUCCAUCCCAGAACUGAUGCAGCAGCUCCAGGUCACGCAGGAUGAACUGGAAAAUAUAAGGGAUACGAACUAUCAGCAAGAAAAUGGCGGUACGCAGGUUUUACUGAGCGCAAAAGAAGCAAUCUCACUCUGGCUUCUCGGUGCCCGUAAGACCAUGUACAAGCGGCUGAUUGACGCUCAGCAGACGAAAAACAAAGUCGAUCCCGAGGUGACGCUGCAGUUCCUGAAGAGUGCGAUCUAUUACUUCCUGACGGACAAGGAAAACUCACAGGGUCACUUGAAUGCGAUUGAAAGCAUUCUAGGAUUCUCUGACGUGGAGCGUUCCAACAUUGACAAGGCCCGAGCGUAUAAGUAGAUUUGGUUUAGCGCACUUUAGUCACACUUAGUCUAUGCUAUUGAAAAACAAAGAGAGGGGAGAACACCACAAACACACAGAGGAGACACAGAGUAGAUGAAAAUAUGAGUAAUGUUUUAUCAAACACACACAAAAACACACACACAUAAAUAUGUAGGUAAACACAAGGCUUACACACUUGUAGAUAAGAUUUUAAUGUCCUUUAAAACUGUUCAAAGCGAAAAAUGUAUGAAGUUCGGCGUACUGAAUGGGCUGGUGGGUCAGUAAGAAUCAAAACAGGCCUAUUUACGUACUUCUGCAUUGUGAGAUAGGAAAUAUUACAGGAUAUAAUGGUGCGCAAGAACAGGAUAGAAAAAAGCGGCACAGGAAGGAAGGAUGUAAAGCGGUUCGAUUUAAAACGGUUCCCCUCCGGAUCUUUUGCUUUCUUUGGUAUAAUAUUUAUUCGUAAAGGUAGUUAUCGGUCUUUGGUUGUUGGUAUGAUUUUAUAUAUCAGCCAGAUUAUGUGCUACACAGUACUUCAAAUGAAUUCAAUUUUAGGUAAAGACAGGUUUACUGCUCAUUUUUGUUGUUCGUCGAUGCUUGUAAAAAUAACAAAAAAAGGAAAUAACUACUUUUUGCCAUCCACAACUUUGAUACACACCAUAGUUCCAUGCCUCACCGAUAAAUCAAAAUAGAUUCGUUAUCCGCGUGUAGAGCUUCGGAGAAAUUUUAUCGGUAUGUUGGCGCUUGCAACGAGGGUAGUUACGAAAAAUACGCAUACGUCCAGAUGAAGCAGCUUUCAAAAGUAGAUAAGUAAUUUAGCUAUCACCAAAAAUAUAAUAAUAUCCCAGUGGGUUGUGGUCCGACCGGUCCGCGCGUUAAUCGACGAAACAAAUCUGCAAGCUAUUUACUCCCUUUGUUUGUGAAUGUUAUACAUAUUUGCAACGACAACAAAGAAAAAACACUAACAUUGUUGUGAAUUUGUUGUGGCAGAGUGCUUUAAUGGAGCCGUUGAUCCUUGCCGUGCUGUAGUGCCUCAUCCAAGCGUUUAUGCCUGGGGAAAGGAGUUUUGCUAGUGUGAGCUUUACAGCAUCUACGGUGUAUGUUGUAUGGGUACGAUACCAUCCUAAAUGUGCAGCGUUAAGCGUUAGCGAGCGAGUGAGGCUGGGAUAGGUUCAUGCUGCGGAUGAUAGAAAAUUAUACAAGUAUUCUGAGAAAAAAAACCACUGACUUACAUUCGGGAUAUAUUCUUACAUUAAUAAAUGGAAAAUAAAACUAGAAAACGUUAUUGUUGCGAAAAAUACA